UCGUGUUCCGUACGUUGUCUUGCAGUUCGGUACUGGUCCGUGCUUGUGUGUGAACUAUGGCCAGCGGCACCAAGCUUCACGACGCGGUGCGGCACGAUAGGUGCAGGCUUAUCUCUCGACUUGUCGCCGAAGGUACCCCCAUAGAUGCGGUGGACGCCAGCGGAAACUCGGCUCUGUUUGUGGCCAUCACGGACGGACCCAUUAAUGCCGUCCCUUACCUGCUGCAGGCCGGCGCCGACCCAAACUUUCGAUGCAGCGAGGGCGCGACUCCUGUGCACGCGGCGUGUCGCCGUGGAAGCCGGGCCCUGCUCCAGCAGCUGCUGGAGUGCGGCGGAGACCUGCGGCUGCGCGACGCAUCGGGCCGCACACCGCAGGACUGGGCGCUGGGGCACGCCGACCCGCAGUGCCGACGCAAGCUGGUCGCCUUCAUCAACACAAAGCGUGCUCUGGCAUACCGGUUUGGCGAUGCGGCUGCCAUACUGGAGGACGACGCUGCAGGUGGUGCAGGUGGCCUCGACAGCUCGCCCACCAAGGGUGGUGUCGCUGCGGCUGCUUCGUUGCGCCGACGCCUUGUCGGUCGACCUGCUGCACCUCGCAGGCCCUGGUGCGGCGAAAGGAUCCGCGCCGAUGGAGGAUUUGGAGUGGUUUACUGCAGCCCAGCUCGCGAGACUGGUGUCACCACGUUUGUGCCAUUUAUAGGAAGCAACUACCUCUACAACUCUGAGGAGAACAACAUUAUCUGGAGCGGACCGCAGUCACUCAUGCAGACCAUGUACUGGGACAAGCUGAAGGUGUCGGUGAAAAAGUCGUCGCUCAGCGGCAGCCACACUCGCGGUCCCGGCUCCGACAUCCUCAUCACCGAGCUGGAGAAGGUCCGCCGGCUGACCUUCCACCCGUACCUGCUGUGGCCGCUGGCCGUGAGCCCCGUGCAGAACAUGGACGACAUGCUCCUCGUCUUCGAGUGCAUCCACUUUGGCAGCCUCUUUGACAUCCUGCACAACACGCAGCAGCUGCUUGCAGGCCGUGGCCCCCUCGACCAAAGUCGUCUGCUGCUCGUGCUGCAGCAGACGUGCGAGGCACUGCUCUUUCUGCACAGCCGGCAGUGGGUGCAUGGAUGCGUGUCGUCGCACUGCAUCUAUGUGGUGUCGCCGUACCUAGGAAAGCUCGGGAACUUCGAGUUUGUCCAGCGCAGCGAGGAUGCGGAGGGAAACGAUGCGUACAGCCCUCCAUCUGAAGACUUUCUCGACUUCUACUGCCACUGGCUCGCCCCUGAGGUGCUCACUGGCAGUCGUCCCACCAAGAUGGCCGACCUGUACCAGUUCUGUGUUGUCCUCUGGGAGGUCUUCACCGAGGAGGUGCCGUGGGGUUCGGCCGAACGUGCGGCGGUGGAGCGUGCUGUGACGCAGGAGCACCGAGGGUUGUCCCGCCGGCCGGAGAUCCCGUCACCGCUGGACACGCUAGUGCGUGCUGGCCUGGCACUGGACCCAGCCGAAAGGCACACCGACCUUGAGGACGUGUACCAAGCUCUGGCUGCCAUCGUGCAGGAGGGACACUGCAACGAAGGAUUUGUCCUCGGGCGGCUGGAACAGGCUGGGGACACGUGCCGGGUCAAGUCGACGCCCGGCAAGCCACUUCCUUCCCGUCAGGCAUCAACUGUUGAAGUAGAACACACCGCCUUUGUUCACCGGCCAGCUUCAAUAAGGCGACGUGCACCAUCAACCAUUGCCGACGACGUGUCGGACGUCGUGGAGGAGCUGAUCUCCCUUGCUGAUGAUAGGGCCGCGCCCAUGCAGCGGUCUCCGCCCAGGCGGCCCAGUCGGUCACAACCACCGCGGGGAACAUUUACCACCACCGCCACCGCGGCUUCGGCCCAGGCAGACUUGUUAGACAGCAAGUUUGACCAGAUAUCUCUCACCUCCAGCUUGGACCCCAUGGAAUUCACUUCGGAGACGCCCAAGGUGCCCACCUUCUCCUCCAGGCCCAUGGGAAAACACUCGUUUGAGGCAUGCACCCAGACAGAUCCCGAGACGCCGCCGCCAGUGAGGCCACGCACCAGAGGCUUUGUGCCCGCAACCGAGAGGGUGUCAGUUAGCAACAUCAGGACGUCAUCUCGCUUCGCGGACAACCUGCUGCUCGACACGGAAGAGGUGCCGUCUGCCAAGGCGUCCUCAGCACGGGUCGUCCAUCAGCCAACUGUCGUGACGGCACAGCAACAGCAGCCCCUGCAGCAGGCCGCGAUUGGCGAUGGCAGUUUGCGGCGCACGGUGCGCCCCUGCAAGCCGGCCAGCCACUCCUACGGGGUGUCGCCCUUCAUUCAGGGAGGUGCCAGCCGCAUCAUCUCUUCUGCAAACACCCAGCAGCACCGCACCACGAUGGAUACCUCCUCCAGCACGUACAAUGCUGAGGUGUCCAGCCAGCAGCAGCAGUGGCGUGUGCGUCAGGGAAUGACGGAGACCCGCCACCGCCAGAAGACCACAUUUGCUUCCAGGGGCACCAAUGUCUGCCGUGUGGAUGAUGCCAUCCUGGAAGGUCUUGGAGAUGGCGAGCGAUACCACAAGGAGUUGGUGGGCCGCUCAGUGUGUGCCGAGACAUCGUCGCAGCCUAAGAAGCACGAGGAGGAGGAAGAGAGGACUCUGAUGGCCGACUUCUCUCUACCUUCCGGCCUGGGAAUGAUGGGCGAUGACAAUGCCGAGAGCAGUGAGGUCAAGUCAGUGCAGACGGAGCCCCACCACGCGUACAAGGUGGAGGUGGUCACCAUGACGUGCCCGGUGAUUCAGCACACUCUCACGGUCACCAGCACCAACCUGCUGACGGGCGAAACCACCGUGACCGAGGAGUCCACCGGGGCUGAUGUGGUGCAGGUGCAGUGGAACCCCGACCAGAUCAACAUCACCACACCCGACACAAGUCUCAACUCGUCCGCCGUGGUGCCCGACGUCUCGCCAGCUGCGGUGCCAUCAGCACAGGCGCAAGACUAGAUCGCUCUCGCACAUCUUUCCUGUGCGUUGUGUUCGAAAUUAAAACUGCCAUUUCAGUGCCUUCGGAAACAGAAAUAAAGUUCCUGUUCUCUUUCAA